UUACAAAUUAAGUUUCUUCAAUUUUCCCACGAUCCAAACAGCCAAGAGAAAGUCACUUUCUAGAUAUUUCUGGAGUUUUUGUGGUUAUGGUGUCUCUGAAUCCUAACCCACCAUCUCAAGAUUUCUUUAUCGAUCAAUUGAAAAUGGACCUUCCUGGUCUCAAUUCAAUGCCAAUUGCAUCAAAUAACAACCAAGCAGCAGGGACUGUGAAUGCGAAUUCGAAUGUGAAUUUGUUGAAUUCGAAUGGAGUUUGGUCGUCGAAGGAUCUGAAUAAGAAGGUUCGGAAACCCUACACCAUCACCAAGUCCAGAGAGAGUUGGACUGAGCAAGAGCACGAUAAGUUCCUCGAAGCCCUCCAACUCUUUGAUCGUGACUGGAAAAAAAUUGAAGCAUUUGUGGGGUCAAAAACAGUCAUACAGAUACGUAGCCAUGCUCAGAAGUAUUUUUUGAAGGUCCAGAAGAGUGGGAAAAGUGAACAUGUACCUCCCCCUCGGCCGAAGAGGAAAGCAGCUCAUCCUUAUCCACAGAAGGCCUCUAAAAAGGGACCAUUUCAAUCAUCUGGUGCUCUGCUUGAACCUGAAUACGUUCUCAGGCCUGAUUCAUUAUCGCUACCUGGCAUCCCAAUCAAUAAUCCAACUUUGCCUUUCUCGAAUUGUAAUAUUAUGCCACUUCCACCGGUCAAUGUAUCACAUAUUGCAAAAGAUGAAGUGGGUGUAACUACACCAAUCAUGACACCAAAUUGUUCUAGCAGUAGUAACAAUGCAAGCACCCCGAGGAUAUGGCCUACCAAUGAACCAAACUAUCAAGGAAAACGAAAUCUCAACAAACCACUAAGAGUUAUGCCAGAUUUUUCCAAGGUAUACAGCUUCAUUGGCAGUGUUUUUGACCCCAAUGCAAGUGGUCACUUGCAAAAAUUGAAGAAUAUGGAUCCAAUAAAUGUUGAGACGGUUUUGUUGUUAAUGAAGAACCUUUCUGCCAAUUUGACAAGCCCUGAAUUUGAGGAUUAUAUGUAUCAUAUGAAGCACAGACACUUCAAAACAAAGUGCCGUACCCAUGUCGAACACAUGGACACUUCGGGAACAUACGGACAUGGCGGGAACAUGUAUGGGACACGCCAUUCGGGAACAUGCAGACACGGCGGGGACAAGUAUGGGACAUGCCACAUGAGAAAGAUGCUCUCAUCGUGCGAUGCUGAGAAGGGUAAAUCCAAUUGCCAUCACAGUAAUCUCCACAUGUGUAAACCAGAGAAUGCUAUUUCCUCAAUUUAGAAAGAAAAAAGGUGGAUCAGCGGCAGGUAAAGGAGAAUAAUAUGCAAGCUUUGGUUGCUACCAACAGUCGAUAGCAUGGAGAUAAUAUACUUGUAUAUUUGUGUCUGCAACCAUGUAUAUACAUAUCCUUGCACUUUCGUGUUUUGUGUACAUAUAUAGGGAGGUAUUUGUCUAUAGUAACGCAUAGUACCGUGUUGAGUCAUCUUCUACGGUGUAGUUGUGGAACUAUUUUGUAGCGUGUGAAACGAGCAUUUUCAAGCUUUGGAGGUGUGUUGCUCUGUAAGGCAUGUUUUUGAGGUCUUACUUGCUAGUGAAUUUUGUGUGUCAAAACUAUCUUAUAGAUGAUCUAUCCUAAUCAUUGAACUCUGCAAUCAUCAUCUUUUGAAGAAAUUUAGGUUUGUUUUGUGUUAAAGAAAUGGUUUUUUUUAGUUGUGUCUAUUUGUAGAUGCAGGGUGGGUGGUAAAGAUGGUAACACCAUUUUGACCAUGAGGUUUGUAACUUUGUUACCCUCAUAAUUGGAGGACUUCUGGUUUCCUUUCA